AUGUCAAAAACAAACCUCAUUGGUCCUGCGGAAGAAACAAUCAAAGCUCACCUGUCGCAAUCAGGAGAUCCUUUAGAGGCUAUUAGAACAAUCCAGCGGAUCUAUGGACUUGACUUGCCCGGGAUUGAGGCCAUGUAUCCUCUUCUUGAUCUCGCUGGAUACAGUCGUCAUGAAGUUCACCUUUAUUGCCUGGAUGCAUUGAAUAAAGCCAUAUUGGCUCGCAUUGAAAGUCCUGAUUUCACAUUGAAUGACUUCCGUGAUCUCUAUCGACGCACGUCUCCUUACAUCCACAUACCUUACAUGCAGCCUGUUCCCAUGGCCCUCUUGAAGAAAUUUGAGAAAUAUGUGGACGAAGACAUCCUAAGCUCUCUAAAAAAUGAUGAGGAAGUAUUUGAGAACUGUCCUCUUAAUAUUAAGCAACGUAUUUGGAAACAAGACGAAGGAUUCUUCCAAGGCCAGAUGCUAAACGUUCUCAACGAUUAUCAUCACAAUGAAAGACUCCAGGCACUAGCUAUGAACCUAAAGCCAGAGAGUUAUCAAGGUGUUAUUGAAGAAAGACGCUCCCAUCCCAUUGUACUCAAAAUCAUGGAUAUUAUUGGUGGUGAUCCCAAACUUUACACUAUGUUUAUGACCAUGCUUCGUCUUGUUUUCGAAGCAACCCCUUAUCCAAGUUUAUCUUCCCUCCGUGUCGAUCUUUUGAUGAAUGUUCACGAUCAAGAUAUUGAAGAAGUUUAUAAAACAGAUGAGUGCCAUAAGCUGAUCUGGUCCCUUGAUACAUGUAUUAGAAGUCAAAACAUGGACGAAGCUAUCAUUGGAAAAAUUAAAGAAUGUUUUGACAAGACAGUUAAUGGAGAACCACUUUAUGCUGAAUUUGCCAUGAUUCUUAUGGACCCGAUUAUUUCAAAUUUCCUUUCUUCUUGUAUUGUUCGUUGGUUGAGAAAUAGCGUUGAUGAAGGAGCUCCAGGAAAUCUCGAAGAUCUUAUAAACUAUAAUGCCAAACUUCUCAACCUUGCUGAACAUGCACCUCGGGCAACUGGAUCUGAUCUCAAGAUUCCAAAGAUUGAUCGUGAUAUCCGUAUCAAUUUCUGGCACGACAUUAGCGUGGUUAUUAUCAACGAAAACACACCUACCAACCAAGCAAACAGCCUUAUUAAUAUUACACGCAUUGAAUCCAUAAUUUCUAAAAGUGAAGUUGCUCGCAAGAUAUAUGUACACUAUCUUAUCGACCGCGCCUCAGAAGGAGACAUCACUUCUCUUUCUAGAUGUCUCCCGUCUAUUCUCAACACACUUCCUUCUGAAGAAGAUAAGGACAAUGUAGACUACAAUAUUCACCUCUACACUUAUCAAAGUUUCUUCCGUACAUUCAUCAACAUUAUUAUCAAGCGUCAUCUGGUUGACUGUGUAAUGGAUAUUAGAUGGCGACAAGCGGUCGUGGAAGAAUUUCUCUUGAGAGCAGUUACAUGGGACUUUUCUGUACACGAACAGGUUGUUAAGAUGUUGAAUGAAUACUUUAAAGAACCAAAACAUCUUCCCAAACUUGGAGAACAGGUAGCAGUGAUUGCUGACUGGGCCGACAAAGUAUUUCUCAAUGGCACAAGAGAAGAAAAGGAUACACCUGUGGUUUAUCAUUUAUACUACUCUCUAUUGCGUGAUUCUGCAAUGGUGUUAGAAGGACAGUUUAGAAUAGCUCCUCCUGCCAUCGUACACUUUUGCUCCACUAUAAGAUAA